AUGGAUUGUUCUUCCAUUCUCUAUUCAUCAAACUCGUCAGAGUCCUCAUUGGGAUCCCCUCAUCACCACUUACCCUUUAACGAAAACGACCCCGAAGAGAUGCUCCUCUACGGCAUGAUAACCUCACACCAAGAGAGAACUACCUCAUGCAGAGUCAUCAUCAAAGAAGAAGAAGUUAAUUCACAGCACAACAACAGCAACAGUAAUGGUGUGAGUAAGAGCUUCCGCGGCGUGCGGAGGCGGCCAUGGGGGAAGUUCGCGGCAGAGAUAAGGGAUUCCACCCGGCAUGGGAUAAGGGUGUGGCUGGGGACAUUCGACAGCGCGGAGGCGGCGGCGCUGGCGUAUGACCAAGCGGCGUUCGCCAUGCGGGGCUCUGCGGCGGUGCUGAACUUCCCCGUGGAGAAGGUGAAGGAGUCACUGAGGGACUUGGAUUGCUCUCUCUCUCAGCUUGAAGGGUGCUCUCCCGUUGUGGCCUUGAAGAGGAGACACUCCUUGGGACGCAAAAUGGCCGCAAACAAGAAGAAGCGAGAGACUCAUGAGAGUGAUGGUGGUGGCGUUAGGGUAGAUAACGUGGUUGUGUUGGAAGACUUGGGUGAAGAAUAUUUGGAACAGUUGUUGAUGAUGUCCUCCGAUGAUGCUAGAUGUACUUGGUGA